CAAAGAAUUGUGUCACGUUCGCGACUGUCCACCACUCCGUGACGUCCAAACACCACCUUUCACCCCCCUUCACCUGCCUGUACCGGCUCCUCGCAUCCCCGCGUAGGUUCACCUUCGCUGCCCCGCCGCUUUUUCACCGCUAUAACGCUCCCAUGAUGCAGCACCCUCUCUGCCCAAUGAUCCGGUAGCAUAACGCCCAACUUCACUCCUCCACUCCUCCGCGAGAAUCUCGGCCGGUCCUGCUCAUGACCAACCUCCGGAGAAACUUCGCUUGAAAUUUGAUCCACAACUUGUCCCUCAUCUGAGACGGUGGUGGAUAUGGAGGCCCAGCUCGAAAAUGCCAUCGAUAUAGCCUCGAGCCCCACCUCCAGCCAGGCGUUGCGUGGCCAAGCUAUCGAUUUCCUCACCCAGUUGCGGACCGAAGGCUCUGCCUGGCAGGCUGGCCUGGUGCUGUUCACGCGAGACCCCCGACCAUCCGAAGUCAUACGGCAUACUUCGCUCGACCUCGUGAACAAUGCCGUCCAGGAACACCAUCUGGACCCUCAGAGUCUGGCUUACAUCAAGGACACUCUGAUGGCCUAUAUCCGUCAGAGAUACGCUUCAGCAAAUGACAAUGCACCCGACACCACCCAUAUCCAAAACAAACUCAUGCAGACCAUAACCUAUCUUUUUAUAGCACUAUACCCAGCCACUUGGCUAACCUUCUUUGACGAUUUCCGCGCCAUAGCCGGCAACGGGACGGCCAUCGGCAAUGUGAAUGUGUCCGGAACCAUUCUUUACCUUCGUAUGCUAGGUCAGGUGCAUGACGAAAUUGCCGAUGUGCUGGUUGUUAGGUCCGAAGACGAGAAGAAGCGGAAUGCCGAGUUGAAAGACUUAAUCCGUGUGCGGGAUGCCCAGAAGAUUUCAUUAUCGUGGCAAGAGAUCCUCGCCAAGUGGAGGGAUAUUGACCUGAUGGUCGUCGAGAUGUGCCUCAAGACCGUAGGCCGCUGGAUCAGUUGGAUCGAUAUUUCCCUUGUCGUUAACGAGGCAAUGAUCACGACCUUCCUCCAGAUGGCGGGGCAACAGGGUAUCUCCGACCCGGAGAGCUCGGAGGGCAGGGUUCGUGAUACUGCUAUUGACGCCUUCUCCGAGAUUGUUGGCAAGAAAAUGGGCCCGGCUGAAAAGAUCGAGCUGAUUUUGUUUCUCAACCUUAGCAACGUUGUGGGACAGCUCAUCGGCAGCCCCGCUUUGUCUGACUUGCAAAACACGCCAGAAUAUGACAACGAUCUCGCAGAGACGGUGGCGAAAUUAGUAAACAACAUCGUCUUCGAUAUUGUCAAAGUUCUAGACAACGAGUCGGUAGAUGGUCAGACUCGCCAGCGCGCCGAGGAGCUCAUCCAACAGUUCCACGCCUACCUCUUACGAUUCUUUUCCGAUCAAUAUGACGAAGUGUGUUCGACCGUCAUAUCGUCCCUUACGGACCUUCUGACUUUUUUCCGUAAACUUAAGAAGAAGACUGGAGGAUUACCAAGUCAAUACGCUAACAUGCUCCCCCCUAUUUUAGAGGCCAUCGUGAGCAAAAUGAAGUAUGAUGAAACGGCAUCAUGGGGUGAUGAGGGGGAGCAGACAGACGAGGCCGAAUUUCAAGAUCUCCGAAAACGACUCCAUGUCCUUCAGCAAACUGUUGCCGCUACUGAUGAAGCUUUCUACAUCGAAACUCUUAGUCGGGUGGUAAACGAGACCUUCAGCCGGCUUUCAUCAAAUGAUCAAACGUUGAAUUGGCGGGACCUUGACCUUGCCCUCUAUGAGAUGUAUUUGUUUGGGGAACUGGCAAUGAGAAAUCAAGGACUAUACGCGAAGCGUGAGCCUUCUUCUGUCGCGGCUCAGCAACUUGUUGGAAUGAUGUCGAGCAUGGUUGAGUCUGAGCUAGCAAGAUUUCCACAUCCAUCGGUACAGUUGCAGUAUAUGGAAAUCUGUGUUCGCUAUUACCAGUUCUUCGAGCAGAACUCUCGGUUGAUUCCGAAAGCGCUCGAGAACUUCGUUCGCCUGACCCACCACAAUCAUCUCAAGGUUCGGACGAGAUCCUGGUACCUGUUCCUGCGGUUCGUAAAGCCACUUCGAGCACAGAUUGGCAAUGUAUCUCAAGAUCUUAUUCAAGCAGUCGCUGACCUGCUUACGAUUGAGGCCGUAUUGCCUGACGAUUCCGGGGACGACGACAUGUCAUCCGAUGAGGAUGAUCAAUCUGCGGAUGCACUCUUCAACUCACAACUUUACUUGUUCGAAGUUGUUGGUUGUAUUUCUUCCUCUGCUACUGUAUCCAUCGAGAGCAAGAAGCUAUACGCGCAGACGAUCAUGGCACCUCUGUUCGCAGACAUGGAACAGACGCUUCCGCAGGCAAGAAAUGGAGACGAACGAGCUGUCCUGCAAAUUCAUCAUCUCAUCAUGGCACUAGGAACGCUCGCGCGGGGAUACUCGGAUUGGGUCCCAUCGAACACCACCGUGAACUCCCUUCCAGCCACAGAUGUCUCCGAUGAGUUCGUGAAGGCCGCGGAAGCUAUACUCGUCGCCCUCAAAUCCCUAAAUUCCUCGAUGUUGAUCCGCAAUGCAGCACGAUUUGCCUUCUCGCGCAUGAUCUCCGUGCUGGGAUCCCGCUUACUUCAGCAGCUACCCUCGUGGAUCGAUGGACUCUUAUCCAUGAGUUCGACGAUGGACGAGAUGGCCACUUUCUUGAAGGUUCUUGAUCAAGUCAUAUACACAUUCAAGGCCGAGAUCGCUGGUGUUCUUGAUACCCUGCUCACACCUUUGUUGCAGCGCAUCUUCACCGCGUUGGCGACAACCCCUUCGGGCACAGAUGAUGAGAUCCAAUUGGCGGAACUUCGGCGAGAAUACCUCAACUUUAUUCUCGUCCUUCUCAACCACGGUCUCGGAUCUGUGCUUGUCAGUAAUGCUAAUCAAUCCACCUUUGACACCAUCAUAACCUCACUCGACACCUUCGCCCGCGACAACAAUGACUACCCCAACGCACGCCUCGCUCUCACGGUCCUCAUUCGCAUGACAGCCGUCUGGGGCGGGCCCGACAAAAUCGGACCUACCACCAACUCGAACACUGCAUCUCCAAUGACAGCUCAAGCACCGCUCCCAGGAUUCGACAGUUUUGUCGUCACCCGUUUUUCCCCUCUCGCGUGGUCAAUCCCAGCCUCACCAGGAUUCAAUUCAAAAGACGCCCAGGCCAAACAGGUAACUAUGGAGGCUGCGGGCCUUCAGGCAGAGAUCGUAAAGAAGAUCGGCGAACCUUACGUGGAGCGGUUACGAGAGGAACUGAGGGGGAUGGGUGCAGGCCAAGAGAUGGUAGAUCAGUAUCUCGGGAAGCUUGCAGGGGCGCUGGAGACCCAGAAGAAGGAAAAGGAUUGGAGGAAUUUCUUUGUACAGUUUGUCGAAUCGGCGAGAGGAUCAUGACAAGCAUCAAGUGAGGUAAGGAUUAGAUUUUGAUGCAUAGGUGGCGAUGGUUUGGUGGCUGGCUUCAGGGUGGGUUUGGGUCGGUAGCAUGGAGGAGUUUGUACGGCACUGUUACAGAGCUACAUAGCUGUUAGGGUUCUGCAUCUGUGAUGGGGAUGGGUAUAGCUGGGUCGCUAAAUUAAAGUAUCGUGAUAUUAAGGCCAGGAAACAUGUGAGAUUGUAGGG